AUGUAUUCGUCAAUUCAAAAAGCCCGGCUGUCGGUUGCACGCCCUUGUCGAUUUGUUGCUCGCCGACGCUAUUCCGCACCGCUGUCCGCGCGACGAUUCCAUCUGUCACGAACAUGGCUCGCAUCACCGUCCCAAGACCCUCACGAUGCCAAGUCUACGGCGCCAGGGAAUGUUGUAGAAGACCCUUCCCUCAAAACUGAGAACAUCUCGGACAAUGGCACGCCGGCAACAUCUCCCUCCCCCGAGUUGGCCAAGCCGAUCACCAAAACCUACGGAUCUGCCGUACGCAGAGCGAUGCGAAACAGAAAGUCCUCACAGCAGACUUCCACGUCAACGGCGACCGUCCCCGCGUGGUUCUAUGAGCACAAUAAGGUGUCUCACAGCAGCGAAGACCGCUCUGCGCAAUCACCACAACAGGUUCAGAUAACAAAGUCACGGUCAAAGGAGCUGAAGGAGGUUCAGACUGAGAGUCAAGCUUCCGGGGGAGAUUCCGAUCCAUCUGCGUCUAGUGAACCACCCACAGUGCCGGAGAAUCGGUAUGCGGUGGCCGAGGAAUCAUGGGAAGAGUUGCGGGCCUCCGCCAAAGCAGGGUUACGGUUACCGGCUGCGAAAUAUGCCAAAGAGCCUUCGGUGAAGAAAUCGCAUCUGGCGCUGCACUAUCCGGGUAGUGAUGGAAUACCAUUCCUAGACGCGGUGGUGAAGAAGCUUGCCCAUGAGUUGGGCACUGACCUGGUAACUCUUAAUGCUCAGGACAUUGCACAAUUGUUUAGCGAGCAAGACCUUGCAGAUGUCGGGGUAACAUCGCCAAUUCGAUCACUUGGCUAUGAUGUAUAUCGGCAAUCCGUCCCAAGUUCAUGGUCGGAACUUGAAGACCCUGAAGGUGACGGCGAGGAUGACGUGACUGAACUCGCAGGUGGUCCCCGUGGUAUGCGCGGCGAUAUUAGCACCCCUCGGUUCAUUACAAUUGAGAGCAGCAAAGAGGCGGGUGAUAUCCCGCUUCCCAACUGGCUUGGGCUGAAAACUCUCCUGGGGGGAUCGAUCAAUGGCCAAACGGAUCCGGAUCCUGGGGCCGGGGCCUCACGCAGUGGUCAGCGCGCCGAAACUCGGUGGAUUCAACUUAUCAACGAGCUCCUCGGUUCACCAGGUCAACCAGCACUGCCAGUCCCCAUUGAAACAACAGAAAUUACCGAAACGAAAGCCACCAAGGCUUUGCCAACUCGAGAUGUCAUUAUGCAUAUCCAAGACUACCGUGACAUUCAAAACACCCGAGAGGGGUCCAAAUUUAUCACACUCCUGCACAAGGUCAUCCAAGAUCGGAGAGCGGCAGGGUCCAAGAUUCUGUUGAUUGGAACUACGUCACAGGAGAUCCACCACUCGCCCUCACAAGAUGGUGCUGGUCUGCUACAAAAUGUUCUCGAUGAUCAGUUCUCAAAGACCUUGUUGAUUACCCCUGCCAUGAGCUCGAAAGACGCCGAAAAGGUCUUCGCGGAAGACCGAAAGAAGCGCACCAUGGAUAUCAAUAUUCGCCACCUGCAGAGUAUGCUUCGCUUCCGAUUACAUGAACAGGCCCUUCCUGUAAAGGAUAACAUCUUGAGCGAUCGUGCUUGGCCGUUGGAACCUUCAACCAUCAAAGAAUCAGGAAUCGAGGACCGGUACUGGUCAUACAAUCAAGUGCAUUGGAUUUCUACCCUUGCACUUGGCUGCGCUGAAGCUAAUGAGCCUCUCGGAUUUGAGCACAUCCGACGCGGACUCGAGCUCAUGGAUAAAAGCGACCGAGUCACCAAUGAAUGGCUGAAAGAGAAGUCACCUAAGCAGAAAGAUUCAGAAGCAGGGCAGACCAGAGAGCAGCUGAUCAGUUCUUUGCGCAAAACGUGCAAUACACACGAGAAAAAGCUGCUCAACGGUGUAGUGGACGCAAAAAGUAUCCGAACCACAUUCAACGAUGUGCAUGUACCCCCUGAGACUAUCGACGCCCUGAAGACCCUGACUUCCCUUUCACUCAUCCGCCCCGAGGCAUUCACAUAUGGUGUCCUCGCCACCGACAAGAUUCCCGGCCUUCUCUUAUACGGACCCCCGGCACCGGUAAGACGCUCCUCGCCAAGGCCGUAG